AUGGGUUAUGCAAUAUUACCUACUCUUAUUCAAGUAGUUGCUAUUGUACUUACAAUUGGAAUUGAUUUUUUAUUUAUUUACGGAUUUCAUGUUACAAUUGGUUGGAUGAGUUUGGCAUCAGUUUUAGGUCCAACACUUGUUUGUUUGUUCAUGUUCAUGCUAUUUGUAUUUAAUAGAUUUUCUGUUAAACCGGUUUGGAAAUCAUUCUUCCAAAAACCGAGUUCUGACUUUUGGGAAGCACUUAAAUUAGCUAUUCCAAUGAUUAUCAUGAUUACUCUUACCUUAUCUUGUCCUAUUGUUGUAUCUGGAUUCUUUGUUCAAGCAGCGAAGAAUAUUAACAAAGAAAAGAUCAUUACUACUGUUUAUUCGACUGCAAACAAAGCAUAUAAUAUGUUAGUUGCAUGUACAACAGGAGCAAUGACAGGUUUUGUUCCAGCAGCAACUUGGGCAUACACUAAAAGAGAUUACUCAAGAGUUACAAAGUUAGCUUUUAAUACUUUGAUUCUUCCUGGAAUACUUAUUGCAUCUGUUUGGCCUUUGAUGAUCUUUAAGCCAAAAACCAUCCUCAAAAUAUGGAUUGAUGAUCAAGAAAUGUUAAGUUGGGCUCCAAAGCUAGCUCCAAUUGUAUUUUACACAAUAGUUUUUGAUCCAUCUUCUUAUAUUUUAUCUAUGCUUUUAUUGUUAACAAAACAUGAAAUUCUUUGUUCUUUAGGUAUGAUUUUAAGGAAUGUUGUCUUAUUAUUAAGUGGAGUAAUUUUGUAUGAAACAAAUAAGUUCAGACCUUGGAAUAUAUUGUAUAGCAGCACAUGUCAAGAUUUAGCAUACUUAUUAACCAAUUUAUUAUGCGUGUUAUUUACAAUAAGAAGGCAGAGAAGAGAAUUAGAUGAUUAUCAGCAAAUUUCUUCUAAUCUUUUAUCAGAAGAAAAUUAA